CGUCCCGAUGGACUCGAACGCCGCCGCCAUUCUCCCCACCCACGCCGGCGACGACCUCCACCGCCGCCGCCGCCGCCGCUGCUGCUGCGUCUGCUGCCUCCUCGCCGCUCUGCUCAUCGGCGUGACACUCCUGGUCCUCUUCCUCACGGUGCUCCGCGUGCGCGACCCCACCACGCGGCUCGUCUCCUCGCGCGUCAUUGGCUUCUCCCCGGGCCCCCCGGGGCCCGAGCUCCAGUUCAACCUCACCAUGCUCCUGACCGUGGGCGUGCACAACCCGAACCGGGCGUCCUUCUCGUACGAGUCCGGGAGCGCCGAGCUCCGGUACCGCGGCGUCCUGGUGGGCGUCGCCGGCGUCGAGCCCGGGCGCAUCCCCAGCAGGGGCGACGGCACCAUGGAGCUCAUGAUGACGGUGCUGUCCGGCAGCUUCGGCGCCGAGCUGCCGCAGCUGGUCAGGGACAUGGAGGCCGGCGCGGUGCCGCUGGACGCCGGCGCCAGGGUGCCCGGGAAGGUCGGCCUCCUCGGCGGGGUGAUCAAGCUGCCCGCCGUGGCGUACUCCGACUGCCAUGUCAUCUUCGGCGUCCCGGAGAUGAAAGUCCGGAGCCAGGUGUGCCACGACCACACCAAGCUCUGAUCGGGUUCGAGUUAGGGCCGGCCGGGCUGCUUCAGUGUUGCGUGAUUGUGUCUUCGAUUGGCCGUGCAAGGC